AUGGCGAUGCGGGAUGUGGUGGCAUGGAACUGCGUGAUGCACUGCAACGUGCGGUACGGCUACCUUGACCGCGCUCUGGGUCAGUUUUGCCGGAUGGUGAGGGGUGGAUUGCCACCCACCGAGAGCACGCUCUCCUCAGUGCUUAGUGGUUGUGGACGCGCUGGGGAUUGCCGCCGAGGGCGUGCACUCCAUGGAUGGGUGGUGAAGUUGGAGGAGCUUGAUCCUGACAUGCCACUGCGGAACGCGCUGCUCGACAUGUACUCAAGCUGUGGUGAUCUCGACACUGCUCUGCGUGUGUUUGAGAGAAUUGAGGCGCCAGACUUGGUGUCAUGGAAUACUCUGAUUGCUGGAUUUUCUGGAGUUGGGGAUGGGUGGAGCGCUAUGGAUGCCUUUGUGCAACUGAAGGCCGUGCAUUUCGAUGAACAAGUUGUCCCUGAUGAGUACACGCUUGCAGCUGUGGUGUCUGCUUCUGCUGCUUUGCCUGCAAUGUUUGGUGGGAGGCCGCUUCAUGCUGAAGUCAUCAAAGCUGGAUUAGAGAGCAGUGUGUUUGUAGGGAACACACUGCUCAACAUGUAUUUUACAAAUGAGGAGCCAGAUUCUGCACGGAUUUUGUUUGAUUCCCUUACCCAUAAGGAUGUAAUCAUGUGGACUGAGAUGGUCGCAGGCCACUCCUCACUGGGUGAGGGAGAAUUGGCCUUGAGGUACUUUGUAAGCAUGCUUCACGAAGGUUACAACGUUGACAGUUUCUCUUUGAGCAGUGCUUUAAACUCCACGGCAGAGCUUGCAGGUCUUAAACAAGGAGAGAUGCUCCAUGCUCAAGUGGUAAAAAGUGGUUAUGAAGGGAAUAUUUGUGCCUCUGGAAGCCUUGUUGACAUGUAUGCAAAAAAUGGUGCUCUCCCAGGUGCUUAUUUGGUGUUUUGUAAUAUACAAAAUCCAGAUUUGAAGUGCUGGAAUUCCAUAAUUGGAGGAUAUGGCAAUCAUGGGGAUUCUGAAAUGGCAUUUAAGUUAUUUGGUGAGAUGAUUCAUGACGGGCUUCAACCUGACCAUGUAACUUACAUCUCCCUCCUCUCUGCGUGUAGCCACUGUGGACUAGUUGAGAAAGGGAAGUUCUAUUGGUUCUGUAUGAUGACCGAUGGUAUUGUGCCUGGGUUCAAGCACUACACUAGCAUGGUGAGUUUGCUGAGUAGGGCAGGUUUGUUGGAGGAAGCAGUUGAUUUAAUGAUGAAAUCCCCUCUCGCCAAGAAAUGUCCUGAAUUAUGGAGAAUUCUGCUAAGCUCCUGUAUAACAUUUAAAAGUUUCUCCAUUGGGGUUCAUGCUGCUGAACAGGCGCUAGAGCAGGAUCCAGAUGAUAUUGCAACACAUAUUUUGCUUUCAAACCUUUAUGCCUCUGUAGGAAAAUGGGACAUUGUAGCUGAAAUUAGGAAAAGGAUCAGAGGACUGAUGGUUGAAAAGGAGCCUGGGCUGAGCUGGAUAGAGAUGAAAAAUGUGGUUCAUGUGUUCUCGGCAGACGACAAAUGCCACUCUCACAUAGAUGACUGCCGCGGCGAGUUGAUAAGGCUUAAGGGAAACAUGGAAUUAUCGGAUACUUAUGAAAAUGAGUUGAUGUCAAGUGGCUAA